AUGCCGGUCUCGUUCAAACGAUACCGGCUAGCGGAUGAGCCGUAUUUUGCCCAUCUGGCUGCGGUCAACGCGUCGAUCAACUACCUGCCGUCGCUGGCGGCGCCAGUUAUCCCGGAUCUGGCGUAUCUGCGGGUGCUUCGACUCGACAACAACGCCAUUGACUCGAUGCAGCCACUGGAUGGCCGCUUCCCGCUGCUGGAGACACUGAGUCUUGCCGGGAACGCCAUACCGCGGAUCACCGGACUCGCCAGCGCAGUCAGCCUUACCUCGCUCGAUCUCACCGCCAACGAGCUAACCGUGCUCGACUCGCUCAAGGGGUGCACAGCGCUGAAGACGCUCAAGGUCGCCGGCAACGCGAUCACCGACGCCCAGCAUGUCGUCUUCCUCCCGUCGCUCACCUCGCUCGACGUGGCUGACAACCAGCUUGCGGAUCUCGGGGCGACCGCAUCGGCCCUUCGCGGCUGUGCUUCGCUCGUCGAGCUGAGCGCCGGCGGCAACCCGCUGGCGGCAACGGCGUCGUACAAGGCUGUGUGCUUGGAGAGCGCGGCCCUGGAGCGACUCGAUGGCCACGUGGUCACCCCGCUCUUCCGCGAGCGCAUGUCCAACGUCGCCGCCGAGAGCAGGCUCUCCGACCUAGUGGCCGACACGACUGAUGCGUACCUGCAGCGCAUCGAGGAGGCGCGGGAGACCAAGGCAUCCAAGCUGCGGCUGCUCAAGGCGCGGACCCUCGAGAUCGAGAGCCAUUUCGACGCCUACCAAACCCAUCUCGAGUCGGAGAUGCACUCGCUCACCCGCUACGUCCACGACGUGCUUGCCAGUGGGGGGCGGACUGACGUCGAUUUGGAUGAAAUGCGCGCAGUGCUGGCGGUAACUGAGGCUGCGCGUUGGAAAGAGGUUCUUGGCAUGCUGCAGAACGACGCCGAUGCAUGGGAGGCCGAGGUUGCCCGCGCCAAGGCCGCUACCUCGCACACUGAUAAGCUGCGGACGCUGGCUAAGGACGAUCCACGAGCGUGGCGCGAGCUCAAAGAGCGCGAGCGCGAGCUGGUUGCCCGUGAGGAUGCCAUUGCCGCCCGCGAGCAUGCGGCUGCAGAGUCGGCGCAGACGUCGGCGGCGGCGGCGGCAGAGCGCCGCCGGGCCCAGGCCGAGUUUUCCGCUGCCCGCGGCAGCGCCUUCCAAGUUCACCGAACGCUUGACGCCGCACAUCGACCGCACCACGCUGCGCUCGGCGCUGACCGCACUCGGACCAUCGCGCCGCCGACCCACAGUGGGCCGCCCGACGAGGCCGCAGUGGAGGCUGCCGCCGCCUCCCGCAUUCAGGGCCAGUGGCGCGCGUCGCGGGCUUCGCACGAUCUAAUUGAUCGUGCCUCGCCGUCUCGGCGGUCGUCGUCUCGGCGGGCGUCAUCGUCGCGGCGAUCGUCAUCGUCACGUACCUCGUCGCGAACCUCGUCGCGGCGGCUCUCGCGGACCUCGUCUCGCGGCGCCCGCUCGACUGGGCCCGGACCACCUCCCGCUAUUGCCGGGUCGGUGCAGUCUGCCCGGCUUCUCCACGCGGCACGACAGCGGGACGCGCUUGCUGUGCGCAAGGUCAUUGGUGAGCUGUCCAACAGUUCUGAAGUGCCUUCCAUCAUCAACCAACAUACCGAUACAGGGUGGACGGCGCUGCACCACGCGGCGUACAACAAUGAUGUAGAGUCGAUAGCGUUGUUGCUGGAGGCUGGAGCUCAACUGGAAGCUCGUGAUCGUAUCGGGGCGACACCGCUGUAUGUGGCGUGCUUGUCGGGCCAUACCGAGGCAGCAGCGGUGCUUGUCGAUGCCAAUGCAGAGAUUGAUACCCGCAAGGACGAGGGCUGGACGCCGCUGCUUGCUGCCUGCCACUACGGCUUUGCGGCAGUGGUGGGCCUCUUGCUCGAGGCUGGGGCCAAUCCGGAUGCACAGACCCCGCUUGGCUCGACGCCGACGUUUCUGGCGGCGCAGGAGAACCAUAUUGUUGUGCUCUCGCUACUUGUCGGCGUCGGCGCCUCGGUCAACUUGCUCAACAACGACGGCGUCUCGCCGUUGGUGGUGGCCGCAUCCAAGGGGCAUUCCCAGGUUGUUGUCCUCCUCCUCGACGGCGGCGCCGAUCCAAACGUCGGCCACAAGAACGGCUGGUCCGCGCUGCUGCUGGCCGCCCACAAGGGCCACCUUUCGAUUGUGCAGGAUCUGGUAGCGUGUGGUGCGGACGUUGACGCGUGCAACUCGUCGGGCGCGAGUGCACUCUACGUUGCCACCCAGAAUGGCGCCGCCGACAUUGUGGCGGCGAUCAUUACUGCUGGCGCGGAUCCGAACAUCCCCAAAAGCGACGGGUGGUAUCCGCUUCUCAUUGCCGCCCACAAGGGUGCCGCGCAAGUCACCGAGGAACUUCUGAGCCAUCCUGACAUUGAUGUGCACGUGACCAACACAGCAGCGGCUACCUCGCUGUACCUGGCCGCACAAUCUGGCUCGAUCGAGGUGGUGCGGAUGCUGCUGGCGGCCGGUGCAAACCCCAACUCUGCCAAGGACGACGGCUGGACGCCGCUGAUGAUUGCAGUCCACCGGCGGCAUCUCAAGGUGGCCCGCGUGCUCAUCGGCAGCGGCGCCGAGGUGAACCAGCGCAACGCCAAUGGAGCAACCGCGCUGUAUGUGGCGGCGCAGCUCGGGUUCCUGGCCGCUGUCAACCUGCUGUUGGAGGCCCAGGCCUCGCCUUUGGCUGCCAAAGCGGUUGAUGGCUGGACAGCGCUCCAUGUUGCCACCACUGGCGGCUUUGAGGACGUUGUCGCCGCACUGCUUGCCGCAGGCGCCAACCCGCAUGCUGCUGCCCACGAUGGCGAGACACCGCUCCACAUUGCCGCCAUCUCACCGUCGCCGGCCAUGCAGCGGCUCUUCCUUACAUACACCACAGUGCCCGAGCUUCCGCACUCGGCACCACUGCCAACUCGGUCACGGUCGCGAUCCAAGGCCAAGGCCAAGUCCAAGGCCAAGUCGCGGCCCAAGUCCAAGUCCAAGUUACGCUCCAAGUCGCGCUCCAAGUCUAAGACUAAGACCAAGGCCAAGGCCCGAAUGAGCGGGAGCCCGAGCAGUGGCAGCCGCGAGCGGCAUGACUUUGCCUCGCUCUCCUCGUCCGAAGUGUCGUUUGAUGAGGCGGGCUCACUGGUGAGCCCGCAGCAGGUGCGAUCGGGCUCGUCGUCGCCGCUGGGCGCUCCUCCGCCGCCGUCAAGUAGCACGCCUGAAAGCCGCGGUGAGCGGUACAGCUUGCAGCCGCCGCCGGUACCGGACUUUCUGCCCGGAUCGAGCCCUGGUGCGUACGCGACGUCGCAGCCAACAACCAAGUCGUGGGAGUGCGUCAACUGCACCUUUGUCAACGCAUACGUCUCGUCGUGCGAGGUGUGCGGCACUCCACAGGGCGGCGGACUCAUCCCAUCGGACAUUCUUCAGCAGAACAAGGCGCUCGUGUCGGCACCUCCCUCGCACAGCCGGUCACGCGGCGGCGCGCGCGCGCGUGCUGCCGAUGCUUCCAGCUCAGCCGAUGACGCGUGUUCACAGGCAAGUGACGACGACGGCAACACGUGUCUAGUGUGCUGGGACGGGCCUAAGACUGCAGCGUUUGUCCACGGCGACACCGGGCACCUCUCGGCGUGCAUGAUGUGCGCACAGCAGGUUCUGCGCCGCAAAGACGUGUGCCCGGUCUGUCGCGAACCUAUCGAGCGGGUGGUCGAGAUCUUUAAAGUCUAAGCGCACACCA